GGAGGCCCCGAGGAGGCAGGAAGGGAAGGGAGCUGCGGCCAGUCGGGCGGGCAGGCUCGACUGUCUGUGACCCGCGGGAGCCCAAAGUUUCCGUGCAGCCUUUGGCAGCGCGGGCCGUCCGGGACCGUCCCACGCACCUCCUUCGCCCCGUGGGGACCCUGCGCCCGCCCGCGGCCACGCGGAGGCGGCGAGGAGCGGCGCCGCGGCAGCUUUGGAGCUGACUCCUUUGGUGAGUGGGAGAAGACAGCCUCGGAGUGUGUUGGAGUGGUGAUUGGUGGGAUCUUCUUCUCUUUUUGGUGGCGCUUGGUGGCCGUCUUGGCAGACGGAUCCUCUGAGCACUUCAUAACAGGACAAAGUGGGCCAGACACCUUCUCACCCAAAGGACACAGCAGGGUCUAGGAUCCCGGCAAAAUUUCACCACCUAGCACGUCAUCCAGGUUAUGACGUGGGCCUGAACGUAGUAAUGAGUGACAUAAGUGAAUCCAUGGAAAGCCUUUACUCAGCCUGCAACAUGCAGUCCGACACGGUGCCGCUUCUGCAGAACGGCCAGCAUGCCCGCAGCCAGCCUCCGGCUCCAGGGCCGCGCCCUGCGCAGCCUCAGGCGUCCCCGAGACAGCGCGUGCAGCGUUCACAGCCUGUGCACAUCCUUGCUGUCAGGCGCCUUCAAGAGGAGGACCAGCAGUUCAGGACCUCAUCUCUGCCAGCCAUCCCCAACCCAUUUCCUGAAUUGUGUGGCAGCAGCGGUGCUGGGAGUUCCCCUGCGCUCCCACCAGGCUCUUUCCCUCCGAAUCAGCCGCCCCCGAAGCAGGAUGUUAAAGUCUUUAGUGAAGAUGGAACAAGCAAAGUCGUGGAGAUUCUAGCGGACAUGACGGCCAGGGACCUGUGCCAGUUGCUGGUUUACAAAAGCCAUUGUGUGGAUGACAACAGCUGGACACUUGUGGAGCACCACCCACAUCUCGGAUUAGAACGGUGCUUGGAAGACCAUGAGCUGGUGGUUCAGGUAGAGGGCACCAUGGCAAGUGAGAGCAAAUUUUUGUUCAGGAAGAACUACGCAAAGUAUGAGUUCUUUAAGAAUCCAGUGAAUUUCUUUCCAGAACAAAUGGUUACUUGGUGCCAGCAGUCGAAUGGCAGUCAAUCCCAGCUCUUACAGAAUUUUCUCAACUCCAGUAGUUGCCCUGAGAUUCAAGGAUUUUUGCAUGUGAAGGAGCUGGGAAGAAAGUCGUGGAAAAAACUGUAUGUGUGCCUGCGUAGAUCUGGCCUCUACUGUUCCACAAAGGGAACUUCGAAGGAGCCCAGACACCUGCAGCUGCUGGCUGACCUGGAGGACAGCAACAUCUUCACUCUGAUUUCUGGGAAGAAGCAGUAUAGUGCCCCCACCGACCAUGGGCUCUGCAUCAAGCCAAACAAAGUGAGGAAUGAAGCUAAAGAGCUGAGACUGCUCUGUGCCGAAGAUGAGCAAGCCCGGAUGUGCUGGAUGACAGCAUUCAGACUCCUGAAGUAUGGAAUGCUCCUCUACCAGAAUUACCGCAUCCCUCAGCAGAGGAAAGCCUUGCUGUCUCCUUUCUCCACGCCUGUGCGCAGUGUGUCUGAGAACUCUCUCGUGGCAAUGGAUUUUUCUGGGCAAACAGGAAGAGUGAUAGAUAAUCCAGCUGAAGCCCAGAGUGCUGCCCUGGAAGAGGGCCAUGCCUGGAGGAAGAGAAGCAUGAGGAUGAAUAUGCUGGGAAGCCAAAGCCCCCUGCACCCUACCUCCAUUAAUGCAGUGAUUCACAGGACCCAGCACUGGUUUCAUGGCCGCAUCUCCAGGGAGGAAUCUCACAGGAUCAUCAAGCAGCAAGGCCUUGUGGAUGGGCUUUUUCUCCUCCGUGACAGCCAGAGUAAUCCAAAGGCAUUUGUCCUCACACUGUGUCAUCACCAGAAAAUUAAAAAUUUCCAGAUCCUGCCUUGCGAGGAUGAUGGGCAGACCUUCUUCACCCUGGAUGACGGCAACACCAAGUUUUCCGAUCUGAUCCAGCUGGUUGAUUUUUACCAGCUCAACAAGGGGGUGCUGCCGUGCAAGCUGAAGCACCACUGCAUCCGAGUGGCCUUAUGACCUCCCAAACGUCCUCUCGAUGGAGAAAGGAGGAGAGAGAACACUGGAAUGAAGAGGAAGAGGUCUGCGUGAGAAUUGAGAAUACACAUCUAUUUCACACCCUAAGAUUCAGAAUGCUGUGGGUUUGUUCAAUGCCAACCCACCAAGAUUGAUUAGUUUGUUGGACUUUGAGAUGCUUUGCUGUUGCGGAUGCAACAGCAUUGCCUCCCUCUGCGCCAGCCACACGGGGGGGGGGGGGGGGGGGGGGGGGGAGGGACGACAGAUCCAGCGCAAGUGUGAGAAUCAACUGGAAUGACCAUCUUGGCUGGGCCACUUAGAAAUGAGAACCAGAUAGAAGUGAUUGGAAAUGAACUCUUGCCCUGGGAUAAUCUUGACAAUUAAAACCGAUAUGUUUACUUUUUUUGUAUUGAUCACUUUUUGCACUCCUUCUUCGUUGUCAAUAUUGUAUUCACCCUGUGGUAGGAGGGGAUGUGGCUUUUUUGAGUCCAAUGAGAGAAAACAAACAAACAAAAUGUGUUUUGUAUUGGCAGAUUUCAGACUGAAAAUGAGUCUCCACAAAGGGUUCCAUAGGACAACUAGCACCCACUGAGGUUGCCACAGUGUGGAUUUGGCUCCCAAAUUAUAGACCACCCCCAACCCUUCCCAGUAUACUUGAAAAGCUUUUUCUUCUUCUUCUUUUUCAAAAAACAACAACAAAAAACAAGUGUCAACUGUGGUCGGCAUCACAUUUUGUGGACUCAGUCAGACUCCCACUCUCUGUCAGUCAUUGCUCUAGUGCAAGUGUCUGGUCCCUUUGUUAUUCCCUUGUCUAGUGCGGGAGACUAUUACUUAGAAAAGCCUACUUCCCCCCACCCUCCCCCCAAACACAUACACACAUACACACACACACACAUACACACACACAAAAAAAAAAACAUGGCUGAAUGACCUCACUGCUAAACUGGCCCAUGCCAGCCUUCUUGAGACACUGGCACUCUCCGUCGGCUGACGGUGAAUCCCAGCUAGUCUGCCCGGGGCAUCCUCAGCCUCGUGUUGUCUAACCACACGCUGGUCUAGAAUGACCACUGCCUUAGCCUCUGCAGUGGCCUGAGUCAUUUCCUGACUGAUCUCCCUCCGGGGAUUAGAGGAUCUUCAAAGAAAAUGGCUCCUGCGUGGCUUUGUGUCCCCAUGGUUUCCAUGGUGAUAAAGACUGGGAACACUGCAGGCACGGGCAUGACCUUUAAAGGUCUUUGCUUCAUGACCUCCGUGCCCUGCUGGAAACCCCCCUAAGCCAGCAGAUGCAGGUGUCCAGCGGCGCUUCUCUGCUGAGUGGUAGCGCCCGUGCUGUAGGCACCAAUUUUGAAUAACGUGAUACUUGCCUCCCAUCCUGGGAGUUGAAUCAAACAGUGGCUUGAGCUAUCACUGGGUCCCCCCUGAGUCCCACAAUGGACCCUUUGCCAUGUUUCCUUCAUUGAAUUGUCAGGUGUGAGGUGACCAUUUCCUUCCACUUGAGCCCAGAAACACAGGCAGCGCUUGUGUGUCAAGCAUUAGAUGCAGCCGUGGUGAGCAGAAAGCUUUCCAUUUCCAACAGCCCCCACGGCUGUCCCCUGCACUUAUUGUGCUCACCCCUGGAUUCCCUGAAUCCAGUCCACUGAAGUGCUCCCUAAGGAACCGCAUUUCCUAGGUCCUGUCUUAGGCCCCUGGAGUGGAGGGUAGCCGUGUGACCAGCGUCACUAAGGCAGAUUUGAUGCUAGCCAGUCUGCAGCAUAGAAACACUGUGUUUCAGUUUAAAAGCCACACUCCGGUUUCCAUGAAAUGCCUCCUUACACAAAUGAAGAAUUUUCUUUUGGUUUUUGUGUUUUGAGUAAAACAUGUUCUCAAAUCAUAUGAACUGUUUUUUUGUUUUUUUUCUUCUCGCAGUUAACCAUUCAAAUGAUUGACAGUGAGGUCAUUCUCAAGUUCAUGCCUAGCUGCAUGUUCCCGCUGAUCUUCACGUCCAACAUUGUCCCUUUUCCUCUUGGCUGGUCUGAAGUAAAAACAAA